AAUUAAUAAUUAAAACAGGAAUUGAGGGCCGCUUUCGAUAAGGAGAACCCGAGGCUAUCCUUAUCGGCAGCCCUGGGCGCCAGCAGUGAUAUCGCCGACCAGGCCUACGAUUACCAGAUACUGGGCCAGACUCUUGAUUACGCAAGUCUAAUGACCUAUGACUACGCCGGGCCCUGGGAGGGCAAGACUGACCACCACUCCAGAUACGCGUUAUGUAUCCAAAUGGCCCAGUAUUUUGCCGGUAAGGGUAUACCCAAGGAUAAGAUUAUGAUGGGAGUGCCCUUUUAUGGCCAUACAUUCAACCUUAAGGAUCGCAAUCAGCACGGUAUGGGUGCACCUAUUACCGGGUCCGGUAAGACACCUCAUGGAGAGGGAGAUAAUGCCUUUUAUAGGGAAAUGUGUGAUUUGGUUAAGAAUAAGGGGUGGGCUAAGGAGGACCCCGAUCAGGGACACGACCCUAUUUCUUACCAUGAUAAUACCUGGGUUGGUUAUGAUGAUCCGUACGCUGCCUAUGACAAAAGUAAGUGGGUGCUUGACAAUGGCUAUGGUGGUAUAAUAGUAUGGGAGAUCACCCAGGAUGAUUUUCAUCCAAAGUGUUGUUCAGUGAGCUAUCCCUUGUUGAGGGCUAUUAACCAUGGUUUAUAUGGUAGUGGACAGGGACCCGAGACAUACGGGUGCGAA